CCUUGCGGUCUAUCAGGUGCGACAUCAUGCGCAUCGCAGUCGUGCAGUUCGCCCCACAGAUCGGGAAGGUGCAAGAGAACAUAGACAAGGCACAGAAGCUAUGCGACCGACUACGACCAGACUCGGUCGACCUCGUCUGUCUGCCCGAGAUGAUAUUCACAGGCUACGCCUUCCCCGACGCCACCUCCAUUUCUCCGUACCUCGAGGAGCCCCGCGUCGGGCCGACGUCCCAGUUCUGUGCCGCCCUGGCCGCCCGGUUGCGCUGCUACGUCGUCGCAGGCUACCCCGAACGCUUGCAACCUGAGGAGGUGCAAGCAGUACUCGAAUCAGACGAGCACGGCGGCACGAAAGAGGACGAGAAAGUCGGCGCGAACGCCGCGGCGCUGUACGGCCCGAACGGCGAUUUCGUGGGCGACUACCGCAAGACGAACCUCUACGAGACCGACAUGACGUGGGCACGCCCAGGCACGGGAUUCACGACGUUCCACCUCCCGCCUCCGCUCAACACGGUAUCUCUCGGGAUCUGCAUGGAUCUCAACGUCCGGCCCCCAGCGAUGUGGGAUCUUGCCCGCGGGCCGUACGAGGUCGCGGAGUAUUGCAUCGCGCAGAAGACGAACCUCCUCGUGCUGCUGAACGCGUGGCUCGACUCGAAGGAGAGCCCAGAGGAGGACACGGACUGGCGGACGAUCAACUACUGGGCGCUGCGCCUCAGGCCGCUUUGGGCGAAGGUCGUCGAGGCGGACGUGAAGGCCGAGGCCGAGCAGGCUGACGGGAGUGAUGGCGACUCUGAUUCGGACCCUGCGCCCGACGACAAGGCGACGAGCUCGGAAGGACGGAAGGCCGGAGAGGAGCUCGUGGUGGUGGUAUGCAAUCGCUGCGGAGAGGAGAACGGCAUAACUUUCGCGGGAUCGUCCUCCCUAUUUAGUCUCAGACGAGGCGCAGGCAGACCGACGCUCCUGCAUGCGAUGAAGCGACGACAAGAAGGCAUCGAAGUCUGGACAUACCCCAGAAGCUAAGGCCUAGCCAUUCCAAGUACACAUCAUCACAAUUGUAUUAGAGCCUGGAGUGGUGCUGUGAUCGCUUUGCGCAGAACGCGGCGAUUCACAUCCCAUGUCGUUAGUACAACUCGAUAUCCGUACAUCAGGGUCCGGCAGGACGGCGGGGGCGGUUUCUGUCAAACCUUACAAGCUGCGGCGUACACGUACCGACCGAUUGUGGCACAGCGAUUGCCUUGGACGC